CACUCGAUAGGGGAGCCGAGUGUGUGGAGAAUUAUUAUUUUUUUCAUGAUUUCUUCUAUAAGUACUAUAAAGUACGAAGUUCAACGAGCAAAGAUGGUGUUGGCACGGGAAUUCUUGACGCUUAUCAUCAACAGUGCUUUUUGGCUUAUCGUACUUGUUGUGUGCCCGUUUUUUGUGCCCAAGGGGCCAAACAGACAGCUGAUCCAGUUAAUGUUGGCUAUGACUGCAGUGUGCUGCUGGCUUUUCUGGGUUUUGUGUUAUUUACAUCAGUUGAAUCCACUUGUGGGACCACAGCUGCACAACACGACAUUGAUAGUAUUGCAGCAUGAAUGGAAGUAAUUAUUGCUGGGAAAUUGACCCAAAUUGGGUGCAAGGAAGCAAGAGGAAGUUGUUCAUCAUUCCACAAACCAUCCUGGCAGACAGACCACAUUUUAAACAGAGCUCUACAGCAACAUGGAUAGAAGACUAAGAGAGGGUUUGCUUAUUUGGUGCCUUUGCUCAGACAGUUGAACUACUGGGCGCACUUGCAUGUGCACGUCAGACCCUCGAUAACUUACUAGAACAUGAGGAUCAUUGGUGGCCUU